AGCAGAUAUUAGAUUAGAAAUUGAGUUUGAUAAAGAAGUACCGGAUUCUACUUCAGCAUUCUGCAUUCUUGUAAGCGAUAAUUUAGUCGAGUACAAACCGCUAACGUCAAUUGUACGAGAGAUUCAAUAGUUCGUCGAUAGAGUGCGCACAUACGUAGAAUUUCAAUAUAAAUAGUAGGGUUAGCUUUUGUCUGCUUCAGUUGACUGUAAGCUGUUGUCAUGUGUGCUUCGAUGUUGAGUUCAACAAAGAUGUGCAACUCUUUAAACAAGACUUCUAGAAAGCUAUUCAAAUUGGAAGAAGACGAGGAAAACAACUAUAACUAUACCAAUCAAGGUUCUGAGGAAGAUAUCUACGAUAAACUUUCGUCUCACUACAAUACUUCGGAUGGAAUAAUUGAUCAUGGAACAUGUCAUUCAAAAUCGCCUUCAAAAUUUCAUUCUCGUGGAGUGCAGUGUAAUUUAGAUAGGGAAGAAGAAGAAUUAGCAAGUGCACAAGUGAAAAGAGGAAACGGUGAAAAUCUGGAAGAUAACAUCGAAGUGUUGAAAUCUACUAAAACAGGAUUCGAUAUGAAGAACGGUGAAAACAUAGGUGAGUCAGACAAUACUUCAUCUUGGUGUGUAGUUGAAUUCCAUGGCUAUAAAUCUUAUUCUGAUUCUAAGUUUUAUAUUAAAGAAUUUGCUCUUGUAGAUGCACGUCAAACUUAUGUGCUAUAUCAUUUUAAACCACCGUUUCCUAAAUCUGAUUUACCUUGGAAAAGUUAUCGUGAUGUGUGUUGGCUAGAAUUUUAUCAUCAUAAGAUAAAAUGGGAAAUGGGAGAUACAAUUUAUUCUGAUGAGAUUAUUCAAGGUUGUAUGCAGAAUUAUCAGAAAGUUUUCACAAAAGGAAGAGAAAAGGCGGAUUUCUUAAAGAAAUUUCAUAAUAAUGUUGAAGUAAUACCAGAAGAUUUUAUUAAACCUGACUAUAAUAAAUUUAAUGUGAGCUGGUGUAAAGAUGUAUGUAAAAUACACAGAUCAAUUACCGAGGGGAGGUGUGCUCUGUAUAGCGCAAACCACUAUCUUACAGAACUGCUUGUGAAAACUGAAUCAACGUUUCAACAUCAAAUCGAUUUUAAAUGUGAAAAUGAAAGAAUGAAAUCAAUGAAAAAUUGUCCGUUUUAUACUAAUGAUAAAAAGAAACGGUAUGCAAGACAAGGCUUUUUUUAUAAUGGAAGUGAAGUUGUAUGUGUUUAUUGUGGAUAUCAAUUAUUCAUGCAUAAAGCGCGUAUUUGCAAUCUAAACAGUACUACCAACCCUAUAAAUUUUUCAGUUUUAGUUCCACUCAUAUAAAAAGAGAUGCAGGUAAAAGUUGAUUUUAGUAUGUGUUAAAAGCAGGUGAAGGAAGAAUGGAUCCAAAACAGUGGUUAACGGCUGAUGCUGACUUAGAGAAAAAAUUAUGUGAUUAUUUGGAAUGGUAUGAAGUAUGUGAACAAUCAAUUGUGAAAGCUAGAGCAAAAAAUCGUGAUACAAGUCUGCUUGAAAAUAUAAAAUCAAUUUUUCUAACAACAGUAAAUUUAAACGAUAUUAGUGAAUAUUUAACCUAUUACAGACCUUUCAAAUUAAAUGUGAAUAAACUUAUACAAUUGGAAAAUGAAAUAUUACAACAGCAUAUGACGUCAUUGUCAGAAACCAGUUAGAGUUCAUCGACUUUUUUGCCGACAUGUAGAAACAUGUUCCUGUGCUUGAACUGUGGGGGGAAGAGAGCUAGACUCUAAGUGUAUAAAAAUUUUAAUCAUUCUGUAUUCUACAUUACGUGUGUGAGGACGUGUUUUUCGACUAUGCAAGAGUUUCAAGAUUUUGAUUUAAAAAAAUUCAAUCAAUCAGCACGUGAGGAAAUUCCGAUUGUGCAAAUUAAGGACUUAAAAGCGGACUAUAGUUAUAAAAUAGAAAAAGCGAGAUUAGUGCGAACUCAGUGUGGACUUCGAAUUGUUUUGAAAAUCUACGAUGUUGACAGGAAAAGCGGCGCCUAUUCUUUCUAUGAUGUUUAUCUACCUGAAAAGUUUCUCUCAUCAAUAAAUAUUAACACAUUGGACAGUUUUAACAGUAAAAAAUAUAUAAUGAGAUGUGAACAUCGCGAGGAUAAACCAUCUUUAAUUCAUUUGGAAAAAGCUAAAUAAAAAAAAAUCGAUAGAUCUAAUUUCUGCAGUAUUGAGUUAACUAUGAGCAGACUAGCAGGAAUAGAAGCAACAAAGAAAGGGAUUAAUUAUUGGUGAUACACUGAUAUCGAUGUUGUCUGAACAAUGCUGAAAGAUCAUACAAGUGAGUAGGUCUGUCUAUAGCUGAAUGAAAAUUGAUACUUCUAUAUUCUAUUGAUAUGAAAAUAUUGAUUAUAAUAUAGAUACAAUAUCAAUAUUUUAGUUAUAGAUGGAGAUGAGGCACUAUAACCUCAACGCCUGGGCUUUUUACUGCACAUAUGCUAAUGAAUAUAAGUUUAAUUUUUUAAACUUGUAUUCGUUUUCAUUCAACAGUCAGGUGGAAACAAAAGCUUUUCAGUCUUAAACAAGAUCUUCUAGUGAUCAGUUCAGUUUUGAGUGUGUGUGUGAGAAAAAGAUAGACAUAACCUAUAAAAUGUCACAAUGUAAUAGCUAUUCAAAAUUUAAAAAGUUGUCAAGACUUUUGAUGGGGAUAACUUAUGAAGAAUUUGUUGAUUUAGCAAACAGUAUUCAAUAUUCACAAUAUUGUACAGGAGUUGAUGAUUAUUUGUUUAAAAAAAAACCGAAGUUAGAGGAAAGCAAAAAUAGUGAGCAUAAUUUGAAGAAUUCGAAUUCAAGAUUCUCAAUUCUUUCCGAAAUUUAUGAUUUAUUAGAUGUAAUAAAUAGUGGUUCUGCACAUUUCCAUUAUGGAUGCAGCUGUGAAUGUUCCAUAGCCACAAUAAUUAAUUGUAACCAAUUAUGGGAAGCAUUAUUUGAUCUUGCAUAUCGUAAAUGCAAAAAAUAGUAAGUCAGGCUGGGGGGAGAGGAAAGAUGGAGGUAGCUGUCAGAGCUUGCAGAGAAGGGGAGCCAUGCAAAAAAUAGUAAGUCGGGCUGGGGGGAGAGCUAACAUGGAGGUAGCUGUCAGAGAGAGGCUUUGAUGGCUGCAGAGAAGUGAGCUGAGGUGCGUUCAGAGAGGGAACCAGUUCUUGAGCUUACAAAAUAAAGCUAAAAGCUGAAAGAUCAUGGCGGGCGGGGUCUUAGAUGCCGAAGAGAGGAAACAGGUAUAGUGAGAAUGAAGGAGAACAAGGUGGAGCCAUCAUGGCGGCUGGCAGGUGGGGGCUGGGAAGCCAUUGAAAAUUAUAGUUCCACCUCUGAAACAUAGCUGUUAUAGUCGGAAUAGAACAAGGUGGAGCCAUCAUGGCGGCUGGCAGGUGGGGGCUGGGAAGCCAUUGAAAAUUA